AUGCUUUUAAUGCCAUCAUUCAAAGAAUUGCAUCAAAUCAGGCUCAGUAACUUUUCUAUUACAGAUCCAUGUGAUAAAUUAGGUCACAUUUCGAAUAUUAAUCAUACUUUCGAAUUUCAGAAAACAGACGAAUACCAAGAGUGGAAAUACCUCUUUAAUUUUCCGGCUACAGUGAAGCCAAUUCUAGUAUUAUGUAACCCCCAGAAUCCACGACCAACAUAUACUCUCAGUAUCAACUACACAAAUCCGAAUGCACUUCUAGAUCUCCGAUGGAUUCCAUCAUUAAUUAUUAAACCAGUCGCAAUAUCGUUAUUUGCGCUCGUAUUUCUAUUCAUGUUCUUUAAUAUCUUCAAAUUCCAAAAGAACGCAUCUCGAUACAAUAUCUUAGUUAUGGUAAGUACGCUUUUUAUUCUCCUUUACACAAUAUUUUCAUAUUUACAGCUCAAUCACGAUUAUUAUUCAGAUAAACACACUCCUUUCCGCGAACUCUCAAUUACAAGCUACUUCGUUGGCCGUGUGCUGAUAUUUAUGGCAGUUUUGCUCGGUUCAAACGGCUGGGAAAUCAUAAAUACAGAAUAUUCAAAGAUGUACAUUUUAAGACCGCUGUUCUCUCUAUUAUACUAUUUGCGUCAUCAGCUCUGA